AUGAGUCUAUGUAUAUGAGUCUGAGAUGGAGUGUUAAAUUAAAAAACUCAAUCUGAAACAUAGAAAUCACAGCAGGCACUCUCUGUAGGGAUCAGGAUGCUCAGGGGUUUUUAUAUCAUCACAUAUCCACUGGAAAAACAAGAGAAAGUAUUCCAAUUUCUUGUUGAUUCCCAAGUUCUUUUACACACAACGUGAAUUUGUUGGGUGUAAAACCAAUGAAUACAGAAACAGAACUCUGAGAAGUAUAACGAUAUGAAGCAGCUGUAUCAAUGGUAUUUAUAAAAAGUCAUAGAAAAAAAAUGAAUCCAAAUACAUGUACAAAAAUGAUGUGAUAGAGAAGUGACGGAUGAAAUCACAGAAAAUACAUAUAUAAAAAAUAUGUUGUGACAGAGGAUGAGAUGGACAGUUCCUCUACAGGAGGAGCAGAAGCAAACAGGAACAGACGCCGUGAGCAGAAACGCUUCACAACAUCAGCCUUAAAACACUUCUCCUCACUGCUGCCGAUUAACAUGGCCGUUGUCUUCUCCUCCAGAGAUUCUUACAUCAACGCCGAGGUCGGCGAGUAUCAGGAGCUCCCCAGACCUGAACCCAAAGAUGCCACUGCAGAGAAGGACGAUAAACUCAAUUUCAGACGUUUCAGCGUGGUUCUACUGAUUAUGGGUCUGUUAUGUGUUCUUCAGGGAAUCCUGAACAUCGCUCUGAGACUCGCUCUCACUCAGCCUGCUGUUAAAGUUGAGACAGAGGAACCCAGCUGUCCUCAAGGCUGGGUGAUGUUCGCCUCCAGCUGUUACUUCAUUUCCUCUCAGCAGAGAAACUGGGACAACAGCCGGAGGGACUGCUUGCAGAGAGGCGCAGACCUGGUGGUCAUCAACAGCAGACUGGAACAGGCCUUUCUAACUGGGUUCACCGAGGCGGCAUGGGUCGGGAUGACUGACAGAGAGAAGGAAGGGACGUGGGUGUGGGUGGAUGGAACAUUAGUGGACAAAGACAGCUGCCGUUUUCGCGGUGCUGCUGGACAUUACCGAAAUAUAUAUACCACACAUCAUGUAUUGUGGGAAAGCACAGAUUCUCAGCUCUCUGUCAGCGUUGGAAUUUUUUAGAUUGAGCGAACUUUCGAGGAGUUACAAUGUUGAGAAUCCGUGUAGCGGUCUUGCAAUACUUCUGGUGUUUUGCUAUGGUGUUUUGCUAUGAAUGCCCACAUCUUAUGGUUGCAAGUACCGUACUUAAACAUAUAUGUGCACAUGCCCUCAAUUCUCAGCUUUCCAACACCGACAGAUUUUGACAGACUUACAGUAAUAAUACUCCGGACAUAUAAAACACAGCGCUGGCGCUGGGUCAGUAGGUAAAGGUUUAAUGCAUUAGUUAAUUUAGGUCCAUCAUUGGUGCAUUCCUUUUAUUAGAAAAUGCAGUAUCUCCCUGCAGCCACAGUGACAUAAAUGAAGUCCACCACUGCUCUUUAAACGCCUCAUUCACCUGCAAAAACUCACAGACUGCUCAGCGGACAGUCAGAAGUUAUCUGCACCUUUUCGAUCAAAUAUUUACCUUUCACUGUUCCAUACGGUGGCCCUGAAGGCUAACUGUGAACGAUUUCUGCUGCAAAAUAUUUCACCUGUGUGAAAUACUUAAGCUGCUGCAAAAUAUGUGAUAUAUCUGUUAGU